CAAGUGUUCAUAUGAGAUUGAUUGUCCACCAUCUCUUCAACACUAAAACAAACCCAACUCAACACUCCAUAGCUCCUCCUCUUCUUCUUCAUGCUUCAACCAUACCUUCCACAACUCUAAGACCCUAUCUCAGGUCAAACACUUCCUAGUGUUAUUGCCAUGGACCGAAACCAAGUCCCUCAAGGCCUAACCCCAGAAGAGUUUUCCGAGCUUGACUCCCUCAUUCGAACCUACCACACCUUCGAGCCCAAACCAAACACCUGCACUUCCCUCAUAACACAACACAUAGACGCACCAUCAGAUGCCGUGUGGCCAUUGGUUCGAAGUUUCGACAGUCCCCAAAAAUACAAACACUUCAUCAAGAGCUGCAACAUGACAGGUGAUGGAGGUGUUGGGAGCAUAAGAGAAGUCACAGUUGUCUCGGGACUCCCUGCUUCGACAAGCACCGAGAGAUUGGAGAUUUUGGAUGAUGAGAAGCAUAUUCUGAGCUUUAGGGUUGUUGGAGGUGAGCAUAGGUUGAAUAAUUAUAGAUCAGUUACGUCUGUGAAUGAGUUUAAUAAGGAUGGGAAGGUUUAUACUAUUGUUUUGGAGUCUUAUGUUGUUGACAUACCAGAAGGGAACACUGGUGAAGAUACUAAGAUGUUUGUGGACACUGUUGUGAAGCUCAAUCUUCAGAAGCUUGGAGUGGUGGCAAUGGCCUCUUUGCAUGGGCAUGAAUGAAGGAGGGUGGAGGUGGCAGAAAAAAUUACGUGCACAGAAAAAUGCACAGAAUGCUAAUUUUUAAUGCACUUAUUGAGUUUUGUAUUAUUUAUAUAUAUAUAUAUAUAUAUAUUUUAUUUGUUCUGUUACUUAUGCAGAAAUCAAUUAUAGAAUCAAGUAUAAUAUUCUUAUAUGGGCGUGAGACUAUAAAAACUAAAAAUACAAAAACUCAUCUUAUGUAAAAAGAUUAUGUGUAACGAUUUCUGAAUUUUUAAUUUUUUUUUUUCAUUUUUUGAACACAUAAUGCUACCGGAGGUGGUGGUGGGUCAACUAUGAAUGAUGGUGCAAAAUAACUACCAUAGUGGUGGUGGGUCAUAUUUUCUUUUGAGUUCUUGGUGGUUGAUAAGUAUGGUUUCUGCGAGUCGGAAUUGGUGGGUAUAGUUUAGUGUUGUUCUUUUUUUAUUAUUAUUUUAUAUGUUGAAUUCAGUUAUAGUUUUAUGGGUUACCAUCAAUAUUAUGCAUUUUGUCUUUAAUAAAAUAUUGGUGGACCCAUUAAAAACAGAAUUGUCAAGACGACGGCUUCAUUUCUUAUCAUGUCUUUGGAUGGAUUCAUAU